AUGCCACAUUCUCAUCCUGGCAAACGCUCGCACGAACAACACCCGCAUCGUAGGCGGCACCAAAGGGCCAAGCACCAAAAGUCCAAAGGCUACGAGGACAAGGAUAAACCCAAGGAUAAGCCGAAGGAUCAACCAGUGAAAGGGGGCGGCGAGGCCGCAGCGCAGGUCCCCAUCCCUAUCGAGCAGCCGAAACCGUCGUGGUCGAGAUGGUUCGCCGGGGACAAUGGGCGGUGGUUUUAUCAAGCAAGGCUCAAAGCCGACGGCAGCGGUUGGGAAUACCAAUUUACAGAGGGCUACCCAACGGUAACUCAACGCCAGGGGGUCGCACAAUACGGGAUGCCUAAUUCGCCAGUCGGGCAGCCAACUCAAACUGCAGCGGCCCACGUUACGUUUCCCGCUCCAAGUCCGGCAGUGCAUAUGACUCCAGUGGCCCUCCCAGAACAAAAGCUGGAAGACAUCGAGAACGACGACGACGGCGACGACGACGACGAUGACGACGAGGAGGAGGAGGACCACGCCCUUCACCAGGAAGAAGUCCCUCCUGCCAAAGUCACCCCCCAGAUACCGCAAUCCCAGAACACCUUCCAGGCCGAGCAGCAGCACAAACAACCGGCUCCCCUGACCACGACGGCGUUUGAGGCAGCAGCAGCACAGCGGCCAGGGCUGAAGAAGAGCAACAUCGGCGGCGGCGUGCCUGAGAAGAAGGCCGGCAAGGCAGGCGGCAAGAAGAAGCUCAGCGUGGUGGUGCGGUCCGAGAAGGACUUGAAGUUCAACCCCAAGAAGAAGGUAAAGGGUUGGCUGAGCGAGGUGGGGGCGUGA